AUGUUUGCAUUCCGUCGGCAAACUGAGCCUGAGACCCUGGAGAUUGCCCAAGCUGCAGAGGUUUUUCAAACAACUCUGAAAGUCCUAAAGAGCAGAGCAAGACAGAGAUACAAAAGGAAUGUCACGACUCCAGAGUUGUUGUCAUGGGAGGACGUGGAGCUGAUCGCAGAGCUGUGUCAGUGUCCUCCUCCAACACAUCCAGCCGGCUGCCAACUCAACCCAAAGUACCGCUCCAUAUCUGGCAUCUGCAAUAACAGGCAAAAUCCUCUCUGGGGAGCAGCCAACACUCACUUGGUCAGAUGGCUUCCAGCUGAAUACGAAGACGGCGAGAGCGAACCCAAGGGUUGGAACCAAGGACGGCUCCAUAAUGGAUUCCAACUUCCCCUGCCAUGGGACGUCAGCAAGAAAAUAAUGAGGAGCUCUUCAAAAAGGAAUGAUGACCUCUAUUCUCAAAUGCUGGUGGAGUGGGGGCAGUACAUCGACCAUGACAUAACCUUCACUCCUCAGAGCACCAGCCCUUCUCCUUUUUUGACAUUCACGGACUGUUCGAGCACAUGUGAAAAUGUGCAUCCAUGCUUUCCCAUUAAGACCCGUGAUAUGUCCUCCGCUGCACAAAGCUGCAUGCCUUUCCAACGCUCCACCUCAGUCUGCUAUCUGAAUUUCACUUCAGAUAUCAUACAAGCUCUGCAGCGACAACAGAUGAACGCCAUCACAUCGUUCAUGGAUGCAUCAGUUGUGUAUGGCCACACUCCAAAAAUGGAGAGGUUACUCCGUGACCUCUCUGGCUUAAACGGGAAACUUUCUGUCAACAAACAGUUCAAGGAUCCAAAAGGAAGACCCUACCUUCCUUUCGUAGCCUCUCUGCCGUCAAAGUGCUUACAGGACCCGCAGGGGGAGAGAGUGGAGUGUUUCAGUGCUGGAGACACUCGGGCCAAUGAGGGUUUGCCCCUGACUUCUUUGCAUACAUUGUGGCUUAGGGAACACAAUCGAAUUGCAGAGGCAUUGAGACGCAUGAACGAUCACUGGAGCCCAGAGAUUAUAUACCAAGAAACCCGCAAGAUUAUUGGAGCUCUGCAUCAGAUCAUAACCAUGAGAGAUUAUGUUCCAAAAAUCAUUGGCCCGGAGUCUUUUGAACAUUACAUUGGACCCUAUGGGGGCUAUGAUCCAACUACAAACCCCUCGGCCUCCAACGUGUUUGCCACCGCUGCGUUCAGGUUCGGCCACGCUACCAUCUCUCCAAUCCUCAGGAGACUGAACGAGAGCUUCCAGGAACAUGAGCAGUUAACCCACUUGAGACUACACAACACUUUCUUCAGUCCGUGGAGAAUAGUCAAAGAAGGUGGAAUUGAACCAAUCCUGAGAGGCAUAAUUGGAACUGCAGCAAUAGCUGUUAGCCCAAACAUGCUGAUGUCAGAGGAGACAACGGAGAGGCUUGUCGUCCUUAAUAUACAACAGCACAUGGACCUGGCUUCACUGAACCUGCAGAGAGGGCGAGAUCACGCUCUCCCAGGAUACAAUGAUUGGAGAGCGUUCUGUGGACUGAAGCGUGUUAAGACACUGGAUGAUCUCAAAGAGGUUGUGGGAAACAAGGUUGCUGAGAAGAUACAUAAAGUAUACAAACACCCUGACAAUAUCGAUGUAUGGCUUGGAGGACUUGUUGAAAAUUUGUUGCCAGGCUCAAGAACGGGUCCCCUCUUCUCGUGCCUGAUUGGAAAGCAGAUGAAUGUGCUUCGUAAUGGAGAUAGGUUUUGGUGGGAGGCUGAGGGUAUGUUCACCCAGCAACAGAGGGCUGAGCUUUUAAAAGGUUCUCUGUCCCGGAUCAUCUGUGACAACACCGACUUAAGAGAAGUCCCCUAUGAUUCUUUUAGAUUUGGGAAAUACCCAUCUGAUUAUGUCUCUUGCAAUUAUAUACCACUGAUGAAUCUGGAAGCUUGGAAAGAAGAAAGGAGCGAAGACUUGAAGCGCUGUGGCUCUCCAGCAAAGAUAAAGAACGGGGAUUUCAUAUUGUUCUCUAGAUGUGACAAACUGGUUGCCCAGUACUCCUGUUACCAUGGUUUCAAAUUAAAGGGUGCCGCUGCAAUAGUUUGUGAGGGAAAUCGGUGGAGUGAUCAACCCCCACAAUGUACAGGGAACGAUCAUUAAGUUGUUGAAGUGGACCUAUAAAUGCUUCAUAGCUUUAUGACCAGACUUGGAAACAUUGUCUUCCUUGCUCUUUUUAUUUAUAUUUCAUGAUUUUGUUGUUUUUGGAACCAUGGAUUAAGACAUGUUUUAAACUUGAAGAAAUGUAAUAUCUGGCAAUAUCCUGUAACUUGUUUAAAAGAUUUGGUAUUAUUCAGAAAUAUACACAUUAACCUGUGAAUCAUAGCACUUUGUGUCACACAAUCUUUAUAUUACGCAAUUCCCUACAAGAAUUCAUUUGAGAUUGUUUUUUCAGUCCAUCUUUCACCGCUCUGAACAUGUCAAUAUUCUUAAAUCGAAAAACAAAAUGCAAGGAGUGCUGCUUGGGUGUGGGGAAAAAAGUGUCCCUCUGUUGCUCUUCAGUGUGGGGUGUGUGCUAUAAGGACUGGUUAACCCCCAAUACUGGCUCUACAUUACAAAGAGGCUAACCAUGGUAGUUGCAACCCACUAAAGGUGUCUCGCUUACAACAUAUAGAAAGUUCAAUAAGGGGUGGAGACGGAUUAAAAUGGCUCUUACAAAGAGAAUCGUUCUGGAUAUAUACUUUGAAAGCUAUGUGAUUCCCAGGUUUAAAUGGGGAAUUUGAUUUUGUUCCUUUUUUUUGUAAAAGUUGCUUUUGGAAUCUGAUUCUUUGGGCCUCUGAGAAAGUGAAUCUAAAAACUAUUUUAUGCCUUCUUUGAGUGUACUGAAAUAUUGAGAUGUUGUAAGAUGUUAUGUCUAUAUAUAUCAAUUUGUUGUUUGUUCUCUCUGUUUCACAUGGUUGAUUUUGUGAUUUUGAUUGAAUUAUGGAUUACACCUGUUCAUGCUGACCAUGUGAUUGUUUGUCCACCUGCAGACUGAAGAUAGGACUGCCUGGAUCUACCAUGUUACAACCUUUCUAUCCAUUCUGAUCAUUUGACUAAUGCUACCUUUAUAAAUGGAAGAGCCCAAAGGUGGCCAUUUUAUACUUGCUCUGAAGAAGGCCUAAUGGCUGAAACACAGAGGCAUGUUUUUAUUGUUGUAAUGAAGCCAUGAGAAAAUAAAGGCUUUUUAA